AUGGAUAUGUGGUAUUGGAAAUGUUGGACUACAUUUAUGUUACUUAUCGGAACAUUUCACGUUGUGCAAAGUAGUAGUGCCAAGUUUACAAUUUCAGCUGUGGGUCAAAACUUAAUUGGGAACGAUGAAAACGGUGAUAUUCCUGCUUAUAGUUUACAGCUACCAAUAAAUCAACAAGUGACUUUGGUUGCUCAGGGUGUCGUCAUGCCACGAGGAAAGGAACCCCAAGCAAGCGAACCAGACGUAGGCACAUGGUUAUUCGACGAUAGUGUUUUUCAGUUAUUACCACAUGAUAGAAAUCAAUUCAAUGCAACUCAAAUCCCAAUUACAUUAAAACCUAUGCGAAGUGUUGCCAUAGACACUCGUGUUCGUUUUGUUGGUAAUAUUCUUGGAUAUGAUCGUAAAUAUGAUGUUCUAAUCAACAUGAACAAUUAA